AUGAAUCUUACAGUGUUGAAAUUGGUUGUUUCUGCCGGUUCCUUCUUUACGUGUCUUUCUUUAAUUUUCACCGAUGUGUGCCUUUUGGGUCGACAAGAUUGUUUACCAAGCGCAAGGAGCUUCCAGAAGAAACUGGUUGGCUCUUUGGAGCGACUGUUUUUUCUGAGGUCCGGCGGAGACCUCGAUCUUGACGAAGAGAUCUUUGACAUGUCAAAAGGACUAAACCACCACGUUUGGGAAUACAACUGUUUGAAGAGCAUUGAAGCCCUUUGCAAUUUCCCAAUCUUUCCCAAAGCACCGGAUAAAAGAGAAAUAAUAUCACGAACAGAAAUCACUACGCGGAGCCGUCGCCGCGUGGAUGCCCAUCGUUUACUUGGUUUUUUGGUUCCAAAUUUAUCAGGUGAACAUCUCUUCGCGGUAACAUCGAAUGGUUUUACUGAAGUCUGGCUAAGUCCUGAUAAAAGUUGGAGGUCGGCAAACCAGAUUGCUUACAUCAGGCAAACUGAUUUGAAAUCUACAAUAAAAAAAUGGGACUUUGAGGCUGUAAAAUCGCAGAUUUCCGCCGGAGUUUAUUUAGAGGCGAGAAAACGAUAUUUCAUUGAGAUCGUGUACUCCCUUGGAGGUCGCAAAAGAGGCGAGAACUUUCUGCAAGUCGCCUGGAAACGACCAGGAAAAUCCACGUUUGAGAUUAUUGAGAGCGAAUCACUCUCACUGUAUACAAAUGACAGUGAGAAGGACAAGUACAAAAUCUAUGACGAUCGUUUACCCAAAGCUCACUACUGUGCAAAAUAUCAGAAAAGCUACGCAAACAAAUAUAUGAGAUCAGAGCCAUAUCCUAGCUUGGAUAAUUCCGCGAUUAGUGAUGCUUUACCAUUUUGUGACUACAGUCCUAGCUAUAUUCUCAAUCCUGCUAAAUUAGAUGGGUUUGAAAAAUACCAUGGCGUAAAAAAACAUGUGCAUAAAACGUACGGUUACCCAUAUCCAAAUAUUGAUGGCAUUAUCAGAAGUCACACGGCGCAUAACGUGUUUUUGGCUGAGGAUCCCUUAGAAGAGGAAGAAGCGUGGUCCGUGGUUGAGGCUUAUAUGGAAACUGUGGAAAAAAGCUAUCCAGGGUAAGAAUUUGAGAUUUUUUUUACAUUUGAAACUAGCCUUUCUUUGUGAGCAGUCGUUGACCAUUCGUGUAGUGCCAUUUGUCAAUCCUUGGUAUUUCCUGACUGUCGUUGCUUGUUAGUUCGUUAAUUUAUUUGCUCGUUCGUUCGUCACUUCCUUAACUCGUUCGUUGUUUAGUUCUGCCGGUCGCCGCCGUGGUCGUUAGUUCGUUCGGUUGGUCGUUUUCGUUUGAUCGUUCGUUCGUUCGAAGAUUCAGUCGGAAGCUUAGAAUACCUCCCCGAAUGCUGGGAAAUCGUGUCAAAAGAGGAUAAUGAUAAUGCAAAAAAAACCAAGCAAUAAGUGUAAUAAAUUUGUUGUUGUAUAAUGGUUACUAGUAGGCAAAGUCUCCACAAUGUCAAGUGGAGAUCAAUCUAUGAUCCACACUUAUGAUUGAGUAAAACAUUAUUUCAACAGGAAAUAUGAACUUGAGGAUAUCAUUCGCGUUGAAAAAAAGAAAGAUCCCGAGAAAGGAAAUAGAUAUCUUCUGGAGCUUGCUGUAAAAGAUCUCACAAACUUUGAUGGCUAUAUUUUAUCGGAAUAUAUUUUUAAACCGAAAGAUAGAAGUGAGUCGUUGUGUUAUCCCAGAGGCCUACAAUGGAACAGGACAGCGGAUGUCUAUCUGAUUCUCACGGUCAAGAACCUGGGUCGGUGGGUUCAUCACUUUAUCAAGAACGUGGAAGAAAUUGUACGAGAAACGAAAGAUGAACACUUACAUGUGGUUAUAUUUGACUUUAACAGCCCAGAUAUUGACUUAGAGCACGUUUUGAAAAGAAGCAAUCUGAGGAACCAUCAUUAUAUUUCAAAGCCUGGUAAUUAUUCGCGCACAGUUUCCUUAAUGGAAGCUAUAAAGUCAAUAGAUGAUCCUGAAGCCAUUGUAGUAACCAUUGACUUGCAUCUUGAUAUCGGAAGUCAGAUGAUUAACGACAUACGUAAGGUAGGGACGAGGAGCUCUUUGAAAUGGACUGUCGCAAAUCACUUACCUCAAAAGUAAUCACAAAAGCCAAUCGGAACAAAGUUCUCACGACCCAAAGGGCUAGAUAGAACUCUAAAUGAAUGAGCAAGUCACUCUUUCUCACCGAGAAGGUGGGGGGGCAAAGGGAGGGGGGGGGGUGUCAGAGAAAUUUUUGGGGGAAUCAUAUGUUUCUCAGGGGGAACAAAGGUAGGAUCAGUCACAACAGUCAAUCAGCAGAACAAAGGUCACACGACCCAAAGGGUAAAUAGGACUCUAAAUGAAUAAUAGAAGUCAUCAUUUAUCACCGGGAAGGUGGGGGGGGGGAGGUUGGAGGAAAUUUAGGGGGGGGGGAAUUAUAUGGUUCUCAGGGGGAACAAAGGUGGGAUCAGUCGUGGCCAACAGAGUAUAAAUGGGAGACUAAAGAAAACUGACUGCCAAUUAAUUGCCAAUAAGGAGUGUUAUGGUAGUUUUACAGAGCCUUAUGGAGAAUAGGCAAAUUUUUCAUUUUUAUCGUGACACAACCAGCCCCCACCCCACCCCUACUACAGCGAUUAAUUAUGACCGGUUCCAAAGCUGUGUUGGGAAGAAAUCAUAGCCGUAUCAAUGUUGGCUUCUGAGUAACCAAUUAAAUUUUUCACCUUGUUAGCAUUUUGAGUUUUUUUCAGCCUCCUCGAAAUAUAAACCAAAAGGGAACAGCCCCUUGAGUACGAUUCAAGUUUUUGAUGGCAUUUCCAGGCUUGACUCCUAUGUUACAUAGACUUUUAUUGAAUUUUUAACAGUUUUUCACGUUCUUUUCAGCACUGUAUCAAAGGAAGGACCGUCUAUGCUCCCCAAAUCAUCUUUCUAAAUUGUGGCGGAAGCAGUGCCCUUCCCAGAGGCUCAUGGUACCACUACAGCUAUGGAACAGUUGCUAUGUAUAAAGAAGACUGGGAAAGAUUUGGAGGCUUUUCACAGGGUUUUGUUAACAAAACUACGUGGGGAGGAGAGGACUGGGACAUCAUUGACGGCGCAGUCAAGGGUGGCCUGGAAAUAGAAAGGAAACGAUCACCAUGGGUCUAUCAUUAUUACCACACCAAAUAUGGAAUGUGGUAAUCGUAGAAAUGAGUUACUGGCCAAAUUUGACGCCAAGGAGACUAGGAACGAGGUUUAAUAUCCAGCUAGGCUGAAACCAAUCUGCCGUCGCCUUAACUAACAGGAGGAGGCGGGUGGAAGGGGUUGGGGAAACGAACUCGAACGUGAAGUACGACUGUCGUUAAACCCAACAAUUGCUCCUCGAGUUUCGAAGAAAAAGUAUUUGUAAAUCUGCACAGUACUCCUCGGUGAGCUGGACUUUAAGUAAACGAGAACUGAAUACUUGUCACAGAAGAGUUUUAAUUUGUACAGUUGGUCUGAUGAAAAUAGUUGAGCAUAUUACAAAGAGACGCCCUUGAUCGCCACUUUCGCUUGGCUUUACGCCGUAAACUUCAUAUUUGUGCUGCUUAUAUAGUAAAACAAAAAAACACCCAGAUAUUGAUCAUCAGUAUGUUAUAAUUUUAUUUUUCAGUACAAUAUGACGAAUGAGUGAAAAUGACGCAUGACUAAUACUUAGAAUUUCAAAUUAAAACAGCCUAUAAAGGUACCGAUGAGAUGAAAUCUUAUAUAAUACUUACAUAUAAUUCUAUACAAUUUUUUUAUCAUCUCUUGAAUAUCAGUUACGUUGACUAUCCCUCCGAAAUACCAAGAGCGAGUAAGCAACCCAUUGCCUACGUCUUCAGUACUUGGCUGAUAAAAAUAAAAAAUGUUUGCAGCCUAGAAGAUACUUUACAACCUUUAAAAUUCAACAUUUGCUUAUGCUGAUUACCAUCCUGGUUGUGCUUGGUCGGUGGCUAAGAAGGAACAGGGGAUCCGUUAGAGUGGAGUUUGGGUUCGGUGUGCUGUAAAAGACUUCAUACUCUGACUCUCUUUGGAACGAAUUUCUUUCAUUUUGCUAUGUUGUUAAGACUAAGAAUUAUUAAGAAUUGUGUUAUAUCGCCAUCAUGUAUCUAGUUCUGGGAUGGUGAGAC